AAAAUGUAAAAGAGCGUGGUGUGACACCCAAGCACAAACCGUAUCUCACUGGCGGAGGAGCGGCAAGGGUUGCUGGGGAAAUGGAGAACUCCGCUGGGAGACAGGCCGAGAGCCGGUGACAGGGGUUUAUCCCUCCUUCCCAAUUCCCGGGCACGGCCGGGCGGGAUCGGGAUCUGGAGCGGGGCGGCCCCGCGGGAUCCCCGCCCCGGGCGGUGCCGGCGCUGCCUUUGUAGCCGGGCUGGAUCCCGGGGAGGCGCGGGAGGAGAGCGGCGGAGCGGGAAGGCAUGAGGUGUGGUCCUGGAAAACAGCCAGCAAGGAAUCCCUGUGUCUCAUGUGGCAAAAAGUGAAAGUGCAGCUAAUGUUAAGCAUGUCCUUCCUCACCGCUCUUUUUUGGUAUUGUAGAAGGCUAUACAGCUUUUUAGCACAGCUGCUGAAACGGUGGAGCAACUACCUUCAGAGGCAGCUCAUAAGGAAUCUCAGUGUGCUGCCAGAAGUGGAUCUACUUGGUUAUAGUGCAAGAGAAUGGAAAGGAGAAACAAAGCAGGCCAAACAGAUGAGGCAGGCAUAUGAAGAAUUGUUCAGGAGCUGUCAUAUCAAAUACCUGAGACAAGUCAGGAGGGACAACUACAGUGUAGUAAGAGCGGUGCUUUUUCAGAUAUUCAGCCAAGGCAUUCCUUUUCCUUCGUGGAUGAAGGAAAGAGAUAUAUUGAAGCUCCCUGAAAAGCUUUUGUAUUCUCAAGGUUGUAACUGGAUUCAACAAUACAGUUUUGGGCCAGAAAGAUACACAGGUCCCAAUGCCUUUGGGAAGUUGCGCAAAUGUAUGGAGGCCUUAAAGACAAACUGGGCUGAAAUAAGUGCUACAAGAGAUCAUGAAGAAAGAAGCAGCAUGUGUAAUACACUGUUUUCUGAUGAAAGCAAGGAAUACAAACUAUAUGAGGCCAUAAAAUUCAUCAUGCUCUAUGAAGUUGUUGAAGCCUAUGAGCAGAUAAAGAGCAGGGAUGAACCCGUACACAACCUUUUUAGCCUUCUCUUUGCUCGUGACUCUUCAUCUGACCCUCUGAGUUUCAUGAUGAAUCAUCUAAACUCCAUAGGUGACUCUAUUUGCUUAGACCAGGUUGAACUCUUUCUUCUUGGAUACUUACUUGAAGUAAAGAUAAGAGUUUACAGACUGCAUAGGUUUAAUACUGAGGAAUUUCAAGUAAACUAUCCGGAUGAAUACCGAAGGGAAUGGAAUGAGAUUUCUCUCCUGACUGAGGAUGACCACUACUAUCACAUCCCCCUUUUCAGAACGUGAAGGACCAGUGACUUUUUUUUUCCUUUGUAUAGUAUAGUGAAUGACCAUUUCCAGUGAAUUAGGUUUCUAAUCAGCAGCAGUAAAUUCUUAAGAAUGCUCAUUAAUGAUUACAAAAUGGUUUAUGGGUUUAUUGUGUAAACAUUUUGCUUUCCCAUUGCAGCUCAGUUCACCAUCAGUCAGCCAUAAAAACCAUAAAAUAUAUUGCUAUACUGUCUGGGGCAAAAAAAAUGUGACGUUUGAGGGUUCUCAGACAAAAAAAUUUGGACUGCCUGACGAAGGCAAAGGUUAUGCUGGGUUUUCUAUUGCUAGCUUAAGGGUUUACUCUGACAUCUAUGGAUGGGUUAAACUCAAGUGCCUAACGACUGCCUUUCCCUACUCCUGUCUGUCUCUAGCUAGGGAGGAUGAAUCACAGAGGAAGGAAAUCCCGAGGUCCUACAGUUUAUAUUCCAUGGUAUUUAACUUGCAUUGACUUAGGAAGGGAGGAUAUAAACUGGGGCCUCUGUAUGGCUGCUUGAAAUCCACUUGGCUUCCCUUGUUGCCGGAGCAUCUCUCUCCAGGGAUGGACAGAGCAAGCAGUGGGAAGUUGCACUUAACUUUAGACAUGGGAAAUGGGGCUGUCUGCACCCAGUGGUGAUCCCUGAAGGGGAAGAACUGUUACACAGGGGGGAAAAUCAACACAUGGGAAUACUGUGCCAGGUGAAUGGAAGAUCUCCUGUGUAAGUGAAUAAAGCACAUCGCUUUCUCCAGGGUAAAAAGGGCAGCGUUAACGGGUAACACGCAACAGAGUCACACCCAGUGGCAGCAUAUGGCUUUGGUCAACUUGUAAAUCCUUUAAGGGCUGAUUUCAACAUUACCUGCCAAGAUUUCCUUUGCAAUUCAUCUGAGAAAGCUGUGCAUGGAAUACAGGCCAAAACCAUUGCAUUUUCAGAAAAUAUUAAUUUUUUUAUGCAUUAUAUGAAUUCAGCAGUGUUGCAUAUAUGUUUUAUCCUCUGAUUAUGUAUUAAUCUCCUUGCCUAAGAUUGCUAUCUUUAAUUUAGACCUCUGUGUUUGAAGAAGUCUGUCCAGGAAGGUAAAUGAGAUUUACCUUCCUACAUGGAACAUUUUGCUCAAUUCUGUUUUCUAAAAGAAUCAAUAUGUUUUGAUUAUUUCAAAAUAAGGGACCUUAACUUGAAGAAGUAUUAGAUCUCACAAAAUAUUUGUGAAAAGCUUACAAUGCCACACACUCAUGGUUGUAUUGAAGAGGGUGGGAAUUAUUAAGAAACAAAGCCUCUCCUUUCCUUAUCCUAGAGGUAUAGAGGGACAGGCAGGUUUGUUUUAUUAAACCUGCAGGAUAAAAUGCAAGCCAGUAGCAAAAAUGGGAACAGGGCCUGCAGGAGCCAAAGCAGCUGCAUGAGGUAUCUUCAUGGUAAUGCUUGGAGUCAGUGGAGUGUGCUCGGUUCCUUUAUGUAAAGAAAAGCUAUUUUAUUCCUUAUGCUCCUUUUAUUUGUGUGUAUAUGUGUAUAUAUGUAUUUAUAAAGACAAACACCUUAGUUCUGUAUUGUAGCUGUUUUGUUUCCUGAAAGUUUGAGUUCACUUUUGUUGAAUGAUUUGUAGAUUUUAAUUAAGAAGGCUUGAUAGCUGUAAUAAUUUCAUCUCAUCAAAACUUGCAUAGCAAGUAUUUUUAUUUAUUAAAAGAAAGUUUUUACAGUGAAUGAAAUAAUUUUCUUAUUUUAGAUUUGGUUCUGCUCUGCAUGGGGAAAAGUUAUAAUACUUAAGUGUGUAGAGUAUUGUUAUCUAUUUUGCAUCAACAGUACAUUUACAGUUAUCAGUAAACUUGUCUAUAUUUUAUUCUUGUUUUGGAACAAACAGACAUACCAUAAAUAAGUAUGUAUUUUUGUAGUGGACUUUUUAAUGAUUUGCAUAUUAUUUGUGUUUAGGAAUACAAAAGCAUUCCAGCUGAAAGUGAUAAAUUGUGAAAAUGUACAUUUUUGUGGUCUUGAGCAUAUUAAUAGCAGGGAAUUAAUAAAAAAUCUAAAACAGA